AUGAUCGUCGGUAGUCGAGGUGAUGUGCAACCCUACGUCGCCUUGGGCAAGCGCUUGAAGCAAGAUGGGCAUCGCAUCAGGAUCGCCUCGCAUGAGAACUUUCGUUCCUUCGUCAACGACAAUGGCUUGGAGUUUUACGGCAUUGGCGGCGAUCCCCAUGAGCUCAUGUCAUAUAUGGUCAAGAACCCUGGCCUGGUACCAGGUAUGGAGUCCUUGACGAACGGGGAUAUUCCAAAGAAGCGAAAGGUGCGCUCUGAGGAAAGCCUGCAGCUUGCAUUUAUGCUGCAGGGCUGCUGGGACUCGUGCUCCAGUCCGGAUGAGACGACUGGUGUCCCCUUCAUGGCCGAUGCCAUCAUCUCGAACCCUCCCGCCUUCGCGCAUAUCCAUUGCGCCGAGGCCUUGGGCAUACCACUACUUCUUAGCUUCACUAUGCCAUGGUGCGCCACAGGCGCUUUCCCUCACCCUCUCGUCAACGUCAAGUUUUCGAACGCGGGAGAGCGAUUGACCAAUCAUAUGAGCUAUGCCGUCGCUGACAUUCUCACUUGGCAAGGCAUGGGCGACAUUAUCAAUAAAUUCCGCAACCGAGCACUCGGGUUACCGUCGUUGUCCGUACGGUCCGGCCCAGGCUUGGCAGACCGCUUGAAGGUGCCGUGGACGUACUGCAUGAGUCCAGCACUGGUGCCGAAGCCAAAGGACUGGUCGAACCAUAUCGACGUCGUUGGCUUCUACUUCUUAGAUUUGGCGGCGAGCUUCACGCCUCCGGACGAUUUGGCCGCGUUUCUUGCCAGCGGAGAGACGCCAGUCUACAUUGGAUUCGGCUCCGUCGUCGUUGAUGAUCCCGGGGAGAUGUCUCGCAUCAUAUUCGAGGCGACGGCAAAAGCGGGCGUUCGUGCAAUUGUUUCUGCAGGAUGGGGCGGUCUCGGUGGCCUUGAAGUUCCACCGCAUAUCUACAUCGUCGGCAACGUCCCUCACGACUGGCUUUUCGCCGAAGGGCGUGUCUCUGCCGUCGUCCACCACGGCGGCGCGGGUACCACUGCCAUAGGCCUCUCGAAAGGACGGCCCACCGUCAUCGUCCCCUUCUUCGGGGACCAGGAGUUUUGGGGAGAUAUGAUUCAUCGCGCUGGCGCUGGCCCGGCACCCAUCCCGCAUAGGAAGUUGACGGUGGAGAACCUGGCUGAUGCUCUUGUGUACGCAACGAGCCCGCCUGCUCAGGAGGCCGCGACGAAGAUGGCGAAGCAGAUCACGACUGAGGACGGCGUAGCUGCGGGAGCGGAGAGCUUUUACCGCCAUCUACCACUUCUCAACAUGCGAUGCGAUGUCUGCCCGGACAAGGUCGCGGUCUGGUGGUCCACGGAUCAGUGCCUGAAGCUCAGCGCGCUCGCCGCGCAGACAUUGAUCGAGGCUCGCGAACUGAAGCUAGAGCACUUGGACUUGCAUCGGACAAAGGAGUACGAGUCACGGAAAAAGUUCCGAGACCCUCUCACCGCUGGCGUCGGGGCGUUUUUUUGGACGAUAUUGCAAUGCGAAGCCGGUCUCGUCGAGCUGUUUACGUGA